AUGGCGAGGCUGCCCGAGACGACGACGCAGCUGGACGAGGGCGCCGCGGACGGGGACUCGGUGUUCUCCGCCGGCGAGACGGCGGACACUGCCGGCCAGGACGGUGACCAACUUGAGGCAGAGCCGGCCCGACUCAGGUGCCACCAGAGGCGGCCGCCCAGCCGCGUCUCGCUGGUCUACACGUAUGCCAGCGGGCCCAAGGUGCUCUCGCAUGUGGAGUUGGCGCCGGAGACGGAGGGUGAGAGACAGCCGUCGGCGAGGGAGGACGGCGAGCCGACCCCCCGGCCUGACAGUGCCGACGACAAGCUCAACGGCAAACACGUCACCUUCGAGGAGGACGUGAAGGCGGCCAGCAGCGUUCGCAUUCGCCGAAGACGGACGGGGCAAGAGGACGAGGCAGACGAAGACUCCAACCAGUGGAAGGAGAUCCGGAAGAAAAACAAAGAGCGUCGGAAGAACAGGGUUUCAAAUUCGUUCAGGGACGUUCUAAGGCCCGUUUCCAGUUGGAAGAGCAGCAGCACCUCUGGCAGUCUGAUGAACGACAAGCGGCUGAUCAAGACCGGUAACAUCGGCACACUCGUUUUACACGGCCAGCCUCAGAUCCGCGACCGGCGCGUGGAGGCCGACGUCGCCGUCCAGACGGAUCCCAUGAUUGACCGGCCUGGCACGCCGCUGUUCGUGCCCUCCAAGACCGGCGCCGACGUGGCUACGCAGAUCUACGAGGGCGACCUGUUCGACUUUGACCUGGAGUCGGCGCCGAUCCUGGAGGUGCUGGUGGGAAAGACGGUGGAGCAGAGCCUGCUGGAGGUGAUGGAGGAGGAAGAGCUGGAGUCUCUGAGGGAGCACCAGCGCCGGUUCCAGGAGCAGCGGCAGGCCGAGGCCGCCGAGCAGCAGCGGCUUGGGGAGCGCGAGCGUCGCCACACGGAGGAGAAGGACCGGCGCAUGGCCCAGCGGCGCGUGGCGCUCGAGCAGGAGGAGGAGACGGGCGCCAAGGUGGCCGCUUCGGCCCUGGCGCAGAGCUACCUGGCCGACAUGGUGCCGGCCGUAUUCAGCAACCUCCGGCAGAAGGGCUUCUUCUUCAACGGCGUCGAGCGCGACAUAGAGACAGCCUUUAUGCCGUGGCUGCGAGACGCCGUGGAACAGGAGCUGGACAAGGUGCUGAGCGGAAAAGAGGUGCUGGAUGACCUGAUCCUGGACGCGGUGCGGAAGCGGCGAGAGGAGCUGGAGCGGCGGCCAUCGCUGACGUCCCGCCUGCCGCCGCCGGCCUCGCCGCCCGCUCAGUCGGACGACACCGAGGCACGCGAGGACGGCGAGGCUGGCGAGGAAGCCGAGGAGGACGAGGAAGAAGAAGGCGAGGACCUGGCCGAGGAAGAGGCCGAGGAGGACGGCGGCGAGGAGGACGACACCGACGACGAGGCGCCGCCGCCCACCGCCUCGGGCUCGGCCACCAAAACGGGCGAGGAGGUCACCCCCGAACAGGACGAGGACGACCCAUAACCUGGGCUCACGAUGUGUCUGCUGGAGGCCGCAGCCCGGCCACAGCCGGCCCCCGUCGGACUUUCACCGGGACGCCGCAGCUCGCUCUCAAAAUGUCUGUCUCAGUCACAGUCGUAAACAUAGUGUGAAGCUCGUGUUACUCCGUUAUUUGUAUGCGGCAGCCCGUUCGGUGCGCGCGCGCGCGCGCGUUGCGUGCGAGGGACGUGCCGGUGCGGCGUCUUCGUCCCGCCGCCGCGGACCAGCACCGGCGGGCUGUGCUGUUGUUUAGUUCUUACACGUCUGCGACGUCCUGCACCGGAACCCGUCUGGCCACGUGGUGCACAGCUUCUGCGGCGUAAGCGGUGCCGAAAUCCGCCGAGUUGAGCGGAGCGCCGGUGGCUGUGUCCGGGCCGGGCGCUGAGGGCGGCCGGGCCGGACGCUGAGGAUGGCCGGGCCGGACGCUGAGGAUGAGCAGGCUGGACGCUGAAGGCGGGCAGGCUGGAUGCUGAGGAUGGCCGGGAGGGCGCUGAGGACGGGCAGACUGCGGCCGCUCGGCCCCACCGCCGAGCGACAGCCGCAGCCACCCGCUCCGUCCGCACUCCAACCCCGCCCGCGCUACCCCGAUGCGACCUGACCUGACCUGACCUGGCAUGACCUGCCGCACGCCGGCCGCACCCCACCGGCUACAACCUAACGACUAAUACAUAUUUUUCAAGUCC